GCUCCUCGCCUCACGACAGCGCCGACAUGUACAAGCUCCUGGUGUGCUGCUGUCUCCUCGUCAGCGUCCUGGCUGACCUGCAGUUUCAGCUGAAGGAGGAACCUCGGAUAUGGCGAACGGCUACUAGAGAUCAAUCUGAGAAGAUAGAAUCAUCUGCAAAUAGUUCCAAGUGGGAACAUGAAACUAAUACCACAACCUGGGCGCCACCCACGGCUCCCACCAAUAGCACUACCUGGGGGCCCGUAACGGACGGCACUACCUGGGGGCCCGUAACGAACGGCACUACCUGGGGGCCCGUAACGAAUGGCACUACCUUGGGGCCCGUAACGAACGGCACUACCUGGGGGCCCGUAACGAAUGGCACUACCUGGGGGCCCGUAACGAACGGCACUACUUGGCAACCGACCACCUGGGCGCCACCCACUAAUGGCACUACCUGGGCACCACCCACUAAUGGCACUACUUGGGAGCCCAUAACCAAUGGCACUACCUGGGGACCCAUCACUAAUGGCACUACUUGGCAACCGACCACCUGGGCGCCACCCACUAAUGGCACUACCUGGGCACCACCCACUAAUGGCACUACUUGGGAGCCCAUAACCAAUGGCACUACCUGGGGACCCGUCACAAAUGGCACUACUUGGCAACCGACCACCUGGGCGCCACCUACUAAUGGCACUACUUGGGAGCCCAUAACCAAUGGCACUACCUGGGGACCCGUCACAAAUGGCACUACUUGGCAACCGACCACCUGGGCGCCACCUACUAAUGGCACUACUUGGGGACCCGUCACUAAUGGCACUACCUGGGGACCCGUCACAAAUGGCACUACUUGGCAACCGACCACCUGGGCGCCACCUACUAAUGGCACUACUUGGGGACCCGUCACUAAUGGCACUACCUGGGGACCCGUCACAAAUGGCACUACUUGGCAACCGACCACCUGGGCGCCACCCACUAAUGGCACUACCUGGGCACCACCCACUAAUGGCACUACUUGGGAGCCCAUAACCAAUGGCACUACCUGGGGACCCGUCACUAAUGGCACUACUUGGCAACCGACCACCUGGGCGCCACCUACUAAUGGCACUACUUGGGAGCCCAUAACCAAUGGCACUACCUGGGGACCCGUCACUAAUGGCACUACUUGGCAACCGACCACCUGGGCGCCACCCACUAAUGGCACUACCUGGGCACCACCCACUAAUGGCACUACUUGGGAGCCCAUAACCAAUGGCACUACCUGGGGACCCGUCACAAAUGGCACUACUUGGCAACCGACCACCUGGGCGCCACCUACUAAUGGCACUACUUGGGAGCCCAUAACCAAUGGCACUACCUGGGGACCCGUCACAAAUGGCACUACUUGGCAACCGACCACCUGGGCGCCACCCACUAAUGGCACUACCUGGGCACCACCCACUAAUGGCACUACUUGGGAGCCCAUAACCAAUGGCACUACCUGGGGACCCGUCACUAAUGGCACUACCUGGGGACCCGUCACAAAUGGCACUACUUGGCAACCGACCACCUGGGCGCCACCUACUAAUGGCACUACUUGGGAGCCCAUAACCAAUGGCACUACCUGGGGACCCGUCACUAAUGGCACUACCUGGGGACCCGUCACAAAUGGCACAACUUGGCAACCGACUACCUGGGCGCCACCUACUAAUGGCACUACUUGGGAGCCCAUAACCAAUGGCACUACCUGGGGACCCGUCACUAAUGGCACUACUUGGCAACCGACUACCUGGGCGCCACCUACUAAUGGCACUACUUGGGAGCCCAUAACCAAUGGCACUACCUGGGGACCCGUCACUAAUGGCACUACCUGGGGACCCGUCACAAAUGGCACUACUUGGCAACCGACCACCUGGGCGCCACCUACUAAUGGCACUACUUGGGAGCCCAUAACCAAUGGCACUACCUGGGGACCCGUCACUAAUGGCACUACUUGGCAACCGACCACCUGGGCGCCACCUACUAAUGGCACUACUUGGGAGCCCAUAACCAAUGGCACUACCUGGGGACCCGUCACAAAUGGCACUACUUGGCAACCGACCACCUGGGCGCCACCCACUAAUGCCACUACCUGGGCACCACCCACUAAUGGCACUACUUGGGAGCCCAUAACCAAUGGCACUACCUGGGGACCCGUCACAAAUGGCACUACUUGGCAACCGACCACCUGGGCGCCACCCACUAAUGGCACUACCUGGGCACCACCCACUAAUGGCACUACUUGGGAGCCCAUAACCAAUGGCACUACCUGGGGACCCGUCACAAAUGGCACUACUUGGCAACCGACCACCUGGGCGCCACCUACUAAUGGCACUACUUGGGGACCCGUCACUAAUGGCACUACCUGGGGACCCGUCACAAAUGGCACUACUUGGCAACCGACCACCUGGGCGCCACCCACUAAUGGCACUACCUGGGCACCACCCACUAAUGGCACUACUUGGGAGCCCAUAACCAAUGGCACUACCUGGGGACCCGUCACUAAUGGCACUACAUGGCAACCGACCACCUGGGCGCCACCUACUAAUGGCACUACUUGGGAGCCCAUAACCAAUGGCACUACCUGGGGACCCGUCACUAAUGGCACUACUUGGCAACCGACCACCUGGGCGCCACCCACUAAUGGCACUACCUGGGCACCACCCACUAAUGGCACUACUUGGGAGCCCAUAACCAAUGGCACUACCUGGGGACCCGUCACUAAUGGCACUACUUGGCAACCGACCACCUGGGCGCCACCCACUAAUGGCACUACCUGGGCACCACCCACUAAUGGCACUACUUGGGAGCCCAUAACCAAUGGCACUACCUGGGGACCCGUCACAAAUGGCACUACUUGGCAACCGACCACCUGGGCGCCACCUACUAAUGGCACUACUUGGGGACCCGUCACUAAUGGCACUACCUGGGGACCCGUCACAAAUGGCACUACUUGGCAACCGACCACCUGGGCGCCACCCACUAAUGGCACUACCUGGACACCACCCACUAAUGGCACUACUUGGGGUCCCGUCACCAACGGUACAACUUGGGGACCCGUCACCAACGGUACUACUUGGGAACCUACCACAUUGACGCCACCAAUUAACGGUACCACUUGGAGCCUGUGGCAAUAGUACGGAGAUACCUAGACAGACGUAGGCACGUCUGAUUCGCCAAUAUUAUGUACAUUUUCAACGUGAUUUGUAUUAUACCUUCCAUGAUUGUAAAUACUAUUCAAUAAAUAUUUAGAGCAGUA